GACGAGCCUUUCUCUUGGAGUCUCUUUGCUCCUCGUCUCCAUUGCCGCGACGCUCUUUGAGAUCGGAGCAGACAAGGAGGCGCAAUGGUUUUUGUUAAAGCUCACAAGUCUAAGGCUUACUUUAAGCGUUUUCAAGUCAAGUACAAGAGAAGGAGAGAGGGAAAGACGGACUAUCGGGCAAGGAUUCGGCUGAUAAAUCAAGACAAGAACAAAUAUAAUACACCUAAAUAUCGUUUUGUUGUUCGCUUUACCAACAAGGAUAUUGUUGCACAAAUAAUAUCUUCAAGUAUUGCUGGAGAUUUGGUCCUUGCUUCAGCCUUUGCCCAUGAAUUACCUCGUUAUGGGCUUGAAGUAGGCCUUACCAAUUAUGCAGCAGCUUAUUGCACUGGACUUCUUUUGGCCCGUCGUGUUUUGAAGACGCUUGAAAUGGAUGAGGAAUAUCAGGGUAAUGUUGAGGCUACUGGGGAAGAUUUCUCUGUUGAACCUGCAGAGAGUAGGAGGCCUUUCCGUGCUCUUCUUGAUGUUGGCCUUGUGAGGACAACAACUGGCAAUCGUGUUUUUGGUGUUCUCAAGGGAGCAUUGGAUGGUGGCCUUGAUGUUCCACAUAGUGAUAAGAGGUUUGCAGGUUUUAAGAAGGAUGAGAAGCAGCUUGAUGCAGAUUUUCAUAGGAAUUACAUUUUUGGCGGCCAUGUUGCUUCUUACAUGAGGACACUGAUGGAAGAUGAGCCAGAGAAGUACCAGACACAUUUUAGUGAUUACAUUAAACGAAAUGUUGGACCUGAUGACAUGGAAGACCUAUACAAAAAAGUGCAUGCUGCCAUUCGUGCGGACCCAUCAACAGUGAAAUCCACCAAGGAGCCUCCCAAGGAGCAUAAGAGGUAUAACUUGAAGAAGCUGACAUACGAGGAGAGAAAAGCUAAGCUCAUUGAUCGGUUGAAUGCCCUUAACUCUGCUACUGCUGACGGCUCUGAUGAAGAUGAAGAUGAUGAGUGAAGGAGCAGGGGUAGUUUAAAUUAAAUUUUGUUUGCAUCAAAUUAUUAUGGAAUUAUGAAAACAGUAUCUUGAAACUUCCAGUUGUUUUCAGCACAAGGUUUCUUUGCAUAAAACAAGGACAUCCAAAUUUUGCUGUUAGGUGAAUGACAAACUUGCUGUUCAGGUGGAUUAGCAUGAUUAAAUUUGCUUCUACUAUUAUUCAUUC